GUUUAUUAUUGUUUAUAAAUAAUAUCACCAAAAUAUCUAAUUACAUUGGUGGAAACAGACAUUAGCGCUUCAAACGCUACAGAGCAUUUAUAACACUGACUGGUCAUUUGAUGCUUCGGAGUGCAUCCAGUAAUUCUGAUAAUAUCAUCGUUUUUGCUCCAAUUGUCUCGGGAGAAUGAGCAUGGCUGCGAUCGCUCAAGGAUCCGUUACAACUACAACAUGGGGUUCUGUAAAUGGUCAAGAAAUCAAGAAGUUUACGUUGAGAAAUGAAGCUCGUCAAGAGGUCGAUGUCACAACAUAUGGUGCGGCGGUGACUGCCAUUAGAACGCCAGAUAAAGAAGGAAAUUUAACGGACGUCGUGCUCGGCUUUGACAACAUCGAAGGAUACCUUUCAUCGAAUAAUCCAUACUUUGGUGCCACCGUUGGACGAGUUGCGAAUCGUAUCGGCAAAGCAACUUUUGUUGUGGAUGGCCAACGUUAUAAUGUAUCCAAGAAUACAGGUGAGAACAGCCUCCACGGUGGUACUCGCGGUUGGAGUUUCAAGGUAUGGGAUGCAACAAUUCAAGGCGAUUGCGUGGUGAUGACUUUGGUCAGUCCGGAUGGUGAUGAAGGUUAUCCGGGAUCAGUAACGGCGAGAGUGAGCUUCCAACUGACGAAUGAUGGAGAGUUGCGCAUAGAGAUGAAAGCCAAGUCCGAAAAGGCAACGCCGAUUAAUUUAACGAAUCACGGCUAUUUCAAUCUCGCUGGACACGCCACAAACGCAGCAGAACUGUAUAAACAUGUGAUCACGAUGAACGCCGAUCGUUGGACGGUCACGGAUUCCGAAAGCAUUCCUACCGGCGAGAUUCGGUCAGUUGCGAAUAGCGUAAUGGAUUUGAGGAAUCCAACAAAGCUCGGUGAUGUCAUCGACAAAGUACCGAAUGGCGGUUAUGACUACAAUUUCUGCUUGCCAGAGUCGUCCAAUGAUGGAAAAGUCAAUUUUGUAGCCAAAGUAGUACAUCCACCUUCGGGACGUCGUUUGGAAGUAUAUUCGAAUCAACCGGGCGUUCAGUUUUACACGACCAAUUCUGUACCUGAAAAUGGCAUCGUGGGCAAAAACGGAGCAAAGUACUUCAGACACGCCGCUUUUUGCUUGGAAACGCAAAAUUAUCCCGACGCUGUAAACCAUAAAAACUUCCCAAACAGCGUGCUGCGACCAGGCAAUACGUACAAUCACGUUGUCGUGUAUAAAUUUGGAGUAGAAAAUUAACGCAUUUCUGUUUUCUGCUACAAACUUUGAAACAUUAAACGAAAUUAAACAAUAAAUAAUUUUAUAUCUGGUAUAUUUUAUAUAUC